GGGCCACAGCCUCCCACUAAAACCAGUGUCGGCACGUCCCCAUUUCCCACUCCGACCACGCUACCAUUCGGGGCCCAUGCCACAUCAAUCAUCCCAUCCGGACAGUGCAGCAGGCCGCUGACUGAGUACAGCCCUCCUCCUGGAACCACCUCGUCAUAUGACGGGGCCCGAGCAGCAGCUCUUGCUUCGUCCAAGCGGAGUCUUUGCCUGCGACGGAUCUCAAUGAUGGUCUUCGUGUAGGAGUUGAGUGUGACGACAGCAGCCCCCAUGCAGCAGCUAAAGGAUACCCAGGCAAGGCUGAAAGAUACAAUUCAAAGUACCAACGGAGUUGAACUUUUUCGCUUAAGGCAGAGACCACAAGCCAGAAAAAGAGGUUUGUAGGCGACAGGCAGAGAGGCUUGACCACCUUGUGGGUGCCCUCACACCAGUAGGAGGUGCAGAGAGCCAGGAUGGACAGGGCCAGAGCCAAAGAGGUUAAUGUCAGAGAAAGCAUGGAUCGAGAGCGGCGGGACAGACGCUCGAGCAUGGCCACGAGACGGAGGAGGGAGGCAGGGGAAGUGGGACAGCGACAGGUGGACACAACACAGAGGAAUUUAAGGACGCGUCACAUGGGAAAUAAUACUUUAACCUGGUAGUUGAUGUUUUUACUGUCCCCUUGAACCUGUCACCCAUCCUGCUCACAUCAGGACAGAAACAUGGCAAACAUCGGCAGGCUCUCCACCAAGGAUGCUGUCCUCUUCCUGUGUGACAUGCAGGAGAAGUUCAGACCCAACAUCUUCCAGUUCACCAACAUCGUUAGCAACGCAGCCCGGGUCCUGCAGGCCAGUCGUAUUCUGGGCAUCCCCGCCAUCUUGACAGAGCAGUACCCUAAAGGCCUGGGACCCACCGUGCCGGAGCUGGGGGCAGAGGAUCUGACCCCUCAUGCCAAGACCUCCUUCACUAUGAUCAUAGAAGAAGUGGAGAAGGAGCUGAAGGCUCUGGGGAGCCCUAAACAAGCCAUUCUGUGUGGAAUAGAAGCACAUGCCUGCAUUGCUUGUACUACGUAUGACCUUAUUGAGAAGGGAAUGGAGGUCCAUAUUGUGGCUGAUGCCGUUUCCUCCAGGAGCCAGACGGAUCGGUUGUUUGCUUUGUCCCGAAUGAAGCAAAGCGGGGCUUACCUCACCACCACAGAGGCCGUCCUGCUGCAGCUCGUUCAGGACGCCAAACACCCCAACUUUAAGGAGAUCCAGAGGCUCUUGGUCCAGCCGUCUCCUGACACCGGCCUCCUCGCCUUCUUCAGCGCUCUGUAGAGAGAUCGCCUCAUGUUGUUACGUUCCACUGUACAGCCCUCUGUUUUUAACACAGGGACUUCAAUAAAGCGUUGACUUUGCUAUAA